CCAUUUCCGCUUCGCUAGCUUGUAGGAUUUCUCUUUUUUGUCGUCCUUCUUCUCGUUGAGCUAAUCAGUUUCGAUCAACUGCUACACCUGCCAGGCGUUUCUCAUAUUUAUCCUCACGCAACAACACUCAACAUGGAUGAUUUUGACAUGCUGAACGCGCCCGCCGCUGGGAACGGUGUCGGUUCGGAGGAGGACCCCGCCGCCGCUUUCUUGGCCCAGCAGGAGAGCGAGAUCGCGGGGAUUGAGAACGACGAAGGCUUCAGCAUCCUGGACAGCGGAGAAGUUCCUUCGUCGCUGACAGACUCGAACGAUGGUGCUGUCAACGGAGAGCUUCAUGGGGAAAGCAACGGUCCAUCAGAUGCCUAUGCAGCAAUCUCCAAUGCAGACAGGCUGCAGGCCGAACCUGAAAGCCUACGCAAGUGGAGGGAGGAGCAAAGGGACAGGCUUGAGUUGCUAGAUGAUAACUCUCGCAAGCAGGAGUCGGAGUGGAAGGAGAAAGCCAAGGUGGAGCUGGAGGAAUGGCAUGCCAGGCAGAACGAGCAGCUGGAGAAAACCAAAACCAAUAACAGGGUGCUGGAUGAAGACUUCUACAAGCAGCCCUUCUCUGAGCUCAUUGGUUAUGUCACACACAUUAACCAUCCUUGCUACCGCCUAGACCAGGCGGCUGAAGAGGCCAUGAUUUCGGAUUUGGAUGAGAACAACCCAGGCACGGAGUGGGAACGGGUGGCUCGGCUCUGCGACUUCAACCCCAAGUCCAGCAAGCAGGCCAAAGACGUGUCCCGAAUGCGCUCCGUCCUCAUCUCCCUGAAGCAGUCCCCGCUAGUCCGCUAGGCAGCCAAGGCUGAAAAAGGUGUCAUUCCAUAUCAACCUCUGUCACCACAUACCAAUCCAACCCAACUCCCCAUGUCCAAACAUCUAUAUUCUGAAGACCAGGGGACUCAAACCCCUUCUGUCCGCAUCUGUUUGCCAUGCACAGCCCCGUGGAUGGAUAUAGCCAGUGGUCCUACCUUCUUCUAUAUCCUCCUGGCUGGGCUGUAGAGAUUAACCUUGAAGCACCAGCUCACCAUUUUCUGCCCCUGAAAGGUUUUCCCCUGUGUGCACCGCUUCCACAGACCAAUCAAGACCUCGUAAAUCCUCUUUUGCAUUGGUUAACAUACUGACAUCAACACCAGGUCUGAUGUUCUGUGGUGCUGUGUAACACUUGUGUAAGAGUGGUGAGACACUAAAAGGGAAGGGUUGUUUGUGUGGGCCUACAGCUACACUACAGCCUGCUUCACAUGGCCCCCAAACAAUAUGAUUCUCCUGAUGCUGUACUCUCUUAAUAUGUCAAACUGGUUGGUUGAUGUUUGUUUUAUUCACCUCCUGCCCUCCAACACAUCGCCUCAUGUUUCCCCAUCCUUCCAAAAAGUCACUUGAGAAGUUUUUCUUUAUUGUUGUUUUUUUAAGGACCAAUCUCGCAGACGAACUCCAAAUUCAGUGUGUGUACUUUGAACUGUGUGUGUAGAGCCUGCUUGUGGCAUAUUGCGUUACAUUAUUCCAAUCUAUGCAUUUCCUUUUGAAAAGCCUCUCCCCUUUCAAGUCAGGAACUGAACGAAGUCCGGUCAUUACAAUAAAUGUGACCCAUUUGUGUGCGUGUUUAAACCUCAACAGCGUGUGUGUACGUACUCUAUUCGUGUACCUAAUGUACAUAUACAGAAGGCAAUAUAUAUACAGUAUAUAAAACGUUUAUGUCACUGAAAUUAGACAGUUGUGGUUUUAAAUAACUAGAUAUUAGCCAGCUGUUGCUUGACCAUGCGUGUUCAUUGUCCAUUUGAUUUCAAUAUCAGUAAAAAGUGAAUGAAA